AUGCAUUGUACGAGAAGGAAGCGACUGCAGCUGCGCCGGGUCUUGUUUCUGCUUUCCGGGGUUUUUCUCUGUACCCUGUACCAGCUGACCAUCCGUACCAGACUGUACGAGCCGGUACAAUUGUCUCAAAUUGGAGGAGAUUUUGGGGAAGGUUCAACUGAGGGUAUUGAAGAGGAGACAGUGGAGACUCGGGGGCCGCGGGAACCUUUCACUGCCAAGCAUGGAUUGGAGCCCACAGACCAAACAACGUCCGAGAUACAGGUGGCACAUCGCUCUGAUACAACCUCAGAUUUGAAAGCCAUGAUCCCAACUGAAUCUCCUCCAUCACCGAGUACAAAGCGGACUAUUGUGCAUUGCAUCUACGUGGCCCCCGAGCCCCCGCGGCAGACACCCACACCAGCACCAGCUCCAGCUCCUCCCGCGGCCACCAUCACUCCAGCUUCUCCUGGUGAAGCUCCUCACAUAAAGGGCGAAUACCCUGAAGAUAUUUUUUCCAUUGAUGACCGUCGACGAGGUUGGGUGAUUCUCCACAUCUUCGGGAUGUUGUACAUGUUCAUUUCACUUGCGAUUGUGUGCGAUGAGUUUUUUGUUCCUGCGCUGGGGGUAAUCACAGACAAGUUAGCCAUCUCUGACGAUGUAGCGGGAGCCACCUUCAUGGCCGCCGGGGGCUCGGCCCCUGAGCUUUUCACAUCCUUGAUUGGAGUCUUCAUUGCCCACAGCAAUGUGGGUAUUGGCACAAUCGUUGGUUCGGCAGUGUUCAACAUUUUAUUUGUGAUUGGAAUGUGUGCUUUGUUUUCACGGGAGGUCCUUCAUCUAACCUGGUGGCCACUUUUCCGAGACGUAUCCUUCUACAUAAUUGGCCUCAUCUUACUCAUCAUCUUCUUUUUGGACAAUGUCAUUAUGUGGUGGGAGAGCACGAUGCUCAUGGCCUGUUACACUCUCUAUGUGAUUUUUAUGAAGUUCAAUGUGCAACUGGAGGAGAUCUUCAAGUCCCUACUCCUCAAAAACAAGAACAUUGUCAGAAUUAUUGCUAUGGAAGAGCCUGAAAAGACAAAUGUGGAGGCUGAAGAUAAUGCCAAACCUGCUCCAGAGGACAAGAAUCUGUUAAAGUUGAAGCCCUCCCUUCAGCGAGGGGGAAGCUCAACUUCCUUACACAACAGCACCAUGAGAAACACCAUCUUCCAACUCAUGAUUCACACACUAGACCCUUUAGGAGAGGGGAAAUUUGUGGAUAAGGCUGAGACUCUCAAAGAUGUUGCUAGACGGACCGCAGAGAGCAAAACUCAAGACAAAAGUGAAGACGGUGGAGGUAAAACUGAGCCAGUCAAAGAGCCACAGGCUGCUGCAGCCGCGGAGACACAGAAGACGGAGCAACUAGAGGACAAGAAGGAGGAUGUUCCAGCAGGAGACGAUGGGUCUGGGGGCUCCAGCAGCAGUGAAGGUAGCGAUGAAGACAGCGAUGAGUCCAGUGAAGGCGAUGAGGAUGAUGAAGAUGAAGAUGAAGGCGAGAACGAGGAUGAACCUCUGUCUCUAGAGUGGCCUGACACACAACGUAAACAAGCCACCUUCCUCUUCCUGCUCCCAAUAAUCUUCCCUCUGUGGCUCACAGUUCCAGAUGUUCGUAACCAGAAAUCCAGAAAAUUAUUCGCCUUCACCUUCCUGGGCUCAAUUCUGUGGAUUGCGGUUUUCUCCUACCUCAUGAUGUGGUGGGCCCAUCAGGUGGGUGAGACCAUCGGCAUCUCGGAGGAGAUCAUGGGUCUUACCAUCCUCGCUGCAGGCACGUCCAUCCCUGACCUCAUUACCAGUGUGAUAGUGGCGCGCAAAGGCCUGGGGGACAUGGCUGUGUCCAGCUCUGUGGGCAGUAACAUCUUCGACAUCACAGUGGGCCUUCCAGUGCCCUGGCUCCUGUUCUCAUGCUUCAACGAUUUUGCUCCAGUGCCUGUCAGCAGCAACGGGCUCUUCUGUGCUAUUGUGCUGCUCUUCAUCAUGCUCCUCUUUGUCAUCAUGUCCAUAGCAGUCUGUAAGUGGAAGAUGAAUAAGCUGUUGGGUUUCUCUAUGUUCCUGCUCUACUUUAUCUUUCUGGUGCUAAGCGUGAUGCUGGAGGAUCGCAUCAUUAUCUGCCCAAUUUCCAUCUGAAGGGGUGGGAUGUUAAGCAAGUUG